UCCGGCAGGGCCGGGCGGGCGGGGGCCAUGGCGGCGCUGGGGGAGCCGGUGCGGCUGGAGCGAGACAUCUGCAGAGCAAUUGAAUUGCUGGAAAAAUUACAGAGAAGUGGAGAAGUGCCACCACAAAAGCUACAGGCAUUGCAAAGGGUCCUUCAAAGUGAGUUCUGCAAUGCUGUAAGAGAGGUGUAUGAACACGUAUAUGAAACUGUGGAUAUCAGCAGUAGCCCAGAAGUUAGAGCUAAUGCAACAGCAAAGGCCACGGUAGCUGCUUUUGCUGCAAGUGAAGGUCAUUCCCAUCCCAGAGUGGUUGAGCUACCCAAAACCGAAGAAGGUCUUGGAUUCAACAUCAUGGGAGGCAAAGAACAAAAUUCUCCAAUCUAUAUUUCUCGAAUUAUCCCUGGAGGUAUAGCUGACAGACACGGAGGCCUGAAACGUGGAGACCAGCUGCUUUCUGUGAACGGAGUGAGUGUUGAAGGUGAACACCAUGAAAAGGCUGUAGAACUGCUCAAGGCAGCCCAAGGAAAGGUUAAAUUAGUUGUACGAUACACGCCAAAAGUCCUGGAAGAAAUGGAGUCAAGAUUUGAAAAAAUGAGAUCGGCAAAACGCAGGCAGCAAAACUAACGUUGUAUGCAAUAACUUAAAGAGAAAAUAUAUUCCUUUUACAUAUUAUA